GGACUACUUCUCCACAUGCCGACCGACGCCGACAACUCUUUCGCCAUGAACGACUCCACGGGUUCCGGCGAAGCCAGCGUUUCUUCGUGUGACAACCAAGCACUUCCCCCAAAAGCUGCCGCCAAGAAAAAACGGAAUCUUCCAGGAAUGCCAGAUCCAGAUGCGGAGGUGAUUGCUUUAUCACCAAACACGCUUUUAGCUACGAAUAGAUUUGUGUGUGAAAUAUGCAAUAAAGGGUUUCAGAGAGACCAGAACUUGCAACUACACAGAAGGGGACACAAUCUGCCAUGGAAGCUUAGGCAAAGGUCAAGUGUGGAAGUCAAGAAAAGAGUGUAUGUAUGCCCUGAACCUACUUGUGUUCAUCACGACCCGUCAAGAGCCCUUGGCGAUCUCACCGGAAUCAAGAAGCAUUUCUGUCGGAAACACGGUGAGAAGAAGUGGAAAUGUGAGAGGUGUUCCAAGAAGUAUGCGGUUCAGUCUGAUUUGAAGGCUCAUUCCAAAAUCUGUGGCACAAAAGAGUAUAGGUGUGAUUGUGGCACUUUUUUCUCUAGGCGGGAUAGCUUUAUUACACACAGGGCAUUCUGUGAAGUAUUAGCAGAGGAGAGUGCGAAAGCACAUGAAGGUAUUGUGGCUCCAAUCUCUGAGGACCCAAAGCCUGCUUCACCAUCACAACCGUCACCUUCGCCACCAUUGCCGCCACAGCUGAGUCAGUCACCAUCACCACCACAACCAUCAGUAGCCCAACAACCUACACCACCAUCUGACCCCCCAGCUACCACUGCAGUCGCAUCUGUAAAACUUCCAGAGUUCCGGGAGUGUACAAACACAAAUGAAACUGGAUCAGUGGGCCCAAAACAAGUGGUAGAAGAAACUGCAGUGAUAACGAGCUGCUUAACCGGUAGCUGUGGCAGUAGUAGCAGCCCAAACAGUCAAGUAAGUGGCAGUGUGUUUGCCAGCUUAUUUGCCUCCUCUAAUGCUUCCAGAACUUUCCAUUCUCAAACAUUUGGCGGCAGCCGCGGCUUUACAGACAUGUUCACCACACCCAUGGUAUUACCUGAACAACCCCCUUCGUCCUCUGAACCAAUAUCUCUCUGCCUUGCAAUGAGUCAUAGCCUCGGUCAAGACCGGAGACAGUAUGGCCAACCAACCCAACCGGCUAUGUCUGCUACAGCACUAUUGCAAAAGGCCGCCCAGAUGGGUGCAUCCCCAUCAAACUCAUCGCUGUUAAUGGGCCUAGAUAUUCUGUCUUCUUCUAAUGGGCAGCAUGAGUUUAGAGGGAGGGACGGUGGCUCGUCAUUAGCUGUGGGCCUAGGACUCGGGCUUCCAUGUGAUGGCGGUUCGGGUCUAAAAGAACUUAUGCUGGGCACCCCUUCAGUUUUUGGACCGAAGUAUCCUACACUCGACCUGCUUGGAUUAGGAAUGGCGGUUGGUGGCGGCCCCACUUCCAGUAUAUCAGCUCUUAUGACAUCUAUUGGUGGAAAUAUGGACAUGGCUGCAGGAAGAGGAUCUUUUGGGGCUGGGGAAUUCAAUAGCAAGGACCCCUAGCGUUAAGGGGAUGGUUAUUUGUUCAAGAUUUUGGGUGUGUAUAUUAUAGCUUGUCAUUGGACAUUACAUGUCCUGAUGUCCCUAACGGGAACCCAUUAGGUCUGACCGUCUGAUUACUCCAUGGGCCGAGCACGUGACCAUUGACUCGUUCUUAGACAUGACCGUUGUUACGGUGUUUUAUUCGUAACGCCCGGGCAUUUAUUCCAACGAUCACUAGACAUAUUUAUGUGUACAAUUUAGUCUGAAACAAAGGGUCCAUUCUUGAAAAUGGGGCUCAUGAUAUUACAUUAUAACGUCACAAAAAAUAAAACCAGUUUAUGUCAUUAUCCAUACUUUGUGGAGCUCUUGUUAGAGGUGUUUUAUGUAUCUAAUUUGAAUAUUUUGGUCAGAUUUGUUUUGUAUAUUUUCAUGGGACUAAUCUUGUUUCCAAUGUAUAUUUUGUUAGGAUGGAAUGAUAUGAAUAUUUAUCUUUUGGUA